UUCAUUCUCAAAACUUUGAAAAAUAAUAUGCAGGUUUUUUCAUAAAUUUGAAGACAGUGAAUAGCGGAUAUGAGUACUAAUAGAGAUGACAAUGAUGCAGAAAAAGGGUUUGUACCCUUGCGUAAAAGUCUUAAAAGAAAAUCCACGGGAAAGGAAGACAACCUUAUGUGGUCAUAUUACACUGAACAUCAAAAUGUACAAGUUCUAACAGAAGAAGAUGUUGAUCAGCUUCGUUGGCGUAAUGAGAUACGUGUAGAGGGUGAAAACUGUCCUAGACCAAUUACAACAUUUGGUGAUUUGAAAUUACCCAAAGAACUGCAAGAGUACUUGAAUUCCAAAAAUUUUCACAUGCCAACUCCCAUCCAAAUGCAAGGUCUUAGCUGUGCUAUGAGUGGCCGUGAUGUUAUAGGACUAGCAGAGACUGGUUCAGGGAAGACACUAGCUUAUACUCUUCCUAUGUGCAUGCUGUUGAAGUCCAAGCAGCCUUGUAAAGCAGGAGAAUCGCCAGUAGUGCUCAUGUUGGCUCCCACACGKGAAUUAAUGCAGCAAAUUUUCAUGGAGGUGUCGGAACUAUUGCAAUAUCUCACAUGCACAGCUUCAAAUGUUCAAGCUAUUUCACAGAAUAUGUACACCCCCAUGCAACUUCCAGGACAGAGUUCUAGUAGUGUGAAUUAUUUUCCACCUCAAUAUCAGCAACAAUAUAAUUAUCCAGUUGGAAAUCAAAUGUUCGUAGGUGGAUCAAAUUAUCUUCAAAAUGAAUGCCAUAACCAGGGAUAUUUGCAGGGUAGCAUGAUAAACAGUGUUCCAUGCAGCACUGCAUACAAAGCAGUAGCUGUCUGUGGUGGUGUGCCAAUAGCCAACCAAGUUCAGUCUAUCAGGCAAGGGGUGGAUAUAAUAGUUGCAACUCCAGGUAGAUUAUUAGACCUGUGUGAAAGAGGGGCCCUUAGCCUUGAUAAAAUAACUUACCUAGUGAUGGAUGAGGCGGAUAGAAUGCUGGGAAUGGGAAUGGAAGAACAGCUAAGAAAGAUUGUUGGCUUAGCAACUGGAACUGUUAGGGCCAGACAGACAUUAUUGUGGUCUGCAACUAUGCCUGAAUCAUUAGAAAGACUAGCAAGAUCUGCUGUAUUGAACCCAGUUAUAAUACAUGUGGGUCCUGGAGGCCUCAUUGCACCUGGCAUCCAACAAAAUGUUUCAUUUCUUCAUCAUUAUCAAAAACCUCAAAGAUUGUUAGAAACGCUUCGCACUACACCAUACCCACCUGUCAUUGUUUUUGCAUCAUCAAUAGAAAAUGUAGACUUUGUUACAGGUUUGCUCAAAAAGGAACAAUUCCAUGCAUCUGGUAUUCACUCCGAGAAAACACAAGAUUACAGAUUCAAAUUGGCAAAGGCAUUUAGGAAUGGUAAAGUUGAUGUGCUGGUAGCCACAGAUCUUGCAUCUAGAGGCUUGGACUUUCCAGAGGUUACACAUGUGAUAAAUUAUGAUUUACCAGAUACUAUUGAGGAUUAUGUGCAUCGCUGUGGAAGAACGGGAAGAAUGGGCCGUCCAGGUAUUGCCACAUCAUUUCUCACACUGGACUGCAAAAUUGCUGAGCCACUAAAGGAAAUGCUUCAAAUUAUGGACCAACGAAUUCCUAAAGAACUCGAGUUGCCCAAACAAUUUGGCAAAAAGAUUAUUAGAACUGAGUUUGGUGACAGACCUGUUGAUAUUUAGAAAUCUUUCAUCACCACUGAUGCAUAGUCCAGAUGCUGGACCCUCUCCUUUACCACUCCGCUUUUGUUUUUGGGUUUAAAAACAAAAGCA